AUGUGCUUCGGCGAGGUGGGUCAAGCUAGCGCACGCGCAAAGAGUUGCUCCGGCGCGGGCGCCGCUGAGGUGGAGGUGGAGCUACGGCGGCUGGUGGUGGACGGUCGUCACGUCGAUGUUAACUUCGACGAGUUCCAUCACCUCCACUACUACCUCAGGCAGGGUCAAGGAGGAGGAGGCAGUGAACGGAGAAGGAAGGAGGCGCUGGGGUGCCAGCGGAUGUUCACCUGCCACCUUGCUUGUUGUUCGCUAGGGCAGUAG